UUGUUAUUACUGGGGACAUUGGAGUCAUACCCCUGAAGGCAAGGCUAUAAUAUUCCUAAAAUAAAAAGAAAGUUUGGAGUCUGUCACUAGGACACAUUCCGUUCCUGUGCCUUCAUUUCCUCCCGAGGAGGAGACAACAGUGAUCCCCCGCAAAAAGGGGUCCGUCAGGAUGGAAGCUGUCAAAGCAUAUAUGGACAAUAUGGAGCAUGGGGCUUGGGUGAAAGCCUUAUUCUGUAUUCUUAUUCUUCUGAUUGCGUGGGUGUAUGCACUGGAGAAUAGCACGACAUCGAGUUUCAUACCCCUGGCCACCUCAUCAUAUAAUGAUCAUUCGAGCGGUCUGGCGGCUGUUUCUAUGUCAACCAGUAUCAUCACCGCUGUGGCAAAACCUUUUAUUGCCAAGAUUGCCGAUUCUACUUCAAGACCUUUCACAUACAUAUUUACUCUGACAUUUUUUGUGGUUCGUUUUACAAUCGUUGCUGCGUCCCACAAACUUUCAGCAUAUGUCGCAGGUGUUACACUGGGUGCAGUUGGAUUGUCAGGUAUCACUCUUAUGGACAGUCUGAUUAUUGCUGAUUUGACCCCUUUGAAGUGGAGAGGUGCAGUGAUUUCCAUCCUAUCUACCCCAUACAUCAUCAACGUUUGGUUCGCAGGUCUCAUAGUUAACGACCUCAAAGCCUCAAACUGGAGAUGGGGAUAUGGUAUGUUUGCCAUAAUGAUGUUUGUUGUGGUUCUUCCUGGUUUGAUUUUGAUGUUGCAUCUUGACAAGAAGGCCAAUGCCAAAGGUGAUGCAAUUGCAAGAUCUCAAAGAGCUACCACCGGCAGAAAGAGAGGAAUCGCAAAAAAUAUCUGGAUAGCAUUUAUUGAGAUUGACGGUCCUGGAUUGCUGAUAAUCGGAUUCGGCUUUGCUCUUUUCUUGCUUCCCUUUGCGAUGCAUAACAAGAACUCUGUGCCAUGGAGCAGUACCAGCAUUAUCGUUAUGCUAACCAUCGGUGCAACUCUGCUUGUAUUCUUGAUUCCAUACGAAAUGUUUAUUGCUCCCUACCCAGUCAUGCCAAAAAGGGUCAUUAACCGGACACUGAUCUGUUCUAUCAUCAUUGACUUCUUUUAUCAGUUUGGUGGAGAAAUUGGUUCUAUCUAUUUCUCUUCCUAUACUUAUGUUGUCCUCGAUCUCUCUUACAAAAAUUGGUCCUACUUUUCCAACACGCUUACCUUAGGACUUUGUUUCUUUGGUGUGGUUGCAGGGCUCACCUACAGAUUUACACACAGGUACAAACCAUGGCAAAUUUUGGGUUUGUCAAUUCGUCUUAUUGGAACUGGUAUCCGGCUGGAUGGCCACAGCGGGUCCACCAGCUUGGCUGCACUGGCCUGCGCACAACUAUUAAAUGGUAUGUCAGGUGGAUUUUCGGUGGUGGGAUCGUCGGUGGCUUUGCAAGCAUCGGUUCCUCAUGAAGACCUUGCUGUUGCUAUUUCCAUUCUUAGUUUGUGGAGUAACGUGGCAGCAUCUAUAGGUUACGCGGUUGCUGUGAUCAUCUGGCACGCCAAAGUUCCAGCAGCUUUGAGAAAGCACCUGCCUGACACUGUUACAGAUGCACAAGUUACUAAAUUUUUCAACAGCAUCGUUGCUAUUAGAGCUUACCCAUAUGAUAGCGAAAUUUGACAAGCAUGUAUUGCAGCAUAUAAGGAAGCAUCAUACUACUUGUUUGCCCCUCCUGUCGGAAUAGCAGCUAUAUCACUAAUUGCUGGAUGCUUCCAAACCAAUUAUUACCUUGGUAACAGACACAAUGCGGUGGAGGAAAAAUCCACUUCAUUUGGAAAUACCGGCUCAGAUAAAGAGAGAGAGGAAAGGGAAAAGGAAGCUCGUACCUGG